AUGUCAUCAACUUCAUAUAGAUCAUCCAGAUCCCUGGACACCAAACAGUUGUCGUUUGAAGAUGUGGUAAUGACCGGGUUAGCCAAAGAUGGUGGAUUGUUCUUACCAUCUCAGGUGCCUCAUUUAUCCCCAGAGACCAUCAACAGCUGGAAAGAUUUGACCUUCCAAGAGUUGGCAUUCAAUGUCUUGAGAUUGUACAUUAAGGACCAAGAGAUUCCUGACGCGGACUUGAAGAGUUUGGUUGAAAAGUCUUAUUCGACUUUCAGAAGUAAAGAUGUCACUCCAAUCAAGUUGAUUGAUGAAAAGAAAUCGUUAUAUCUUUUGGAGUUGUUCCAUGGUCCAACAUAUGCGUUUAAGGAUGUGGCCUUGCAGUUUGUGGGUAACUUGUUUGAAUACUUUUUAACCAGAAAGAAUGCUGGGAAAUCGGGUGAAGACAGAGAUACCAUUACUGUGGUUGGUGCUACCUCUGGUGAUACUGGUUCUGCUGCCAUUUAUGGGUUGAGAGGUAAAAAAGAUGUCAGUGUGUUCAUCUUAUACCCAACAGGAAGAAUCUCUCCUAUCCAAGAAGAACAAAUGACCACUGUUGAAGACAAGAAUGUCCAUACAUUGUCUGUUAAGGGUACUUUUGAUGAUUGUCAAGACAUCGUCAAGCAAAUCUUUGGUGAUGCUGAAUUCAACUCCAAGUACCACGUGGGUGCUGUCAACUCUAUUAAUUGGGCUCGUAUCUUGGCUCAAAUGACAUAUUAUUUCUACUCUUACUUUCAAUUGUUGAAAGCUGAAGGUGAAAACUCUAAGGUGAGAUAUGUUGUUCCCUCUGGUAACUUUGGUGACAUUUUGGCUGGAUAUUAUGCUAAAGAAAUGGGUUUACCAAUUGAUAAGCUAAUCAUUGCAACCAACGAAAACGAUAUUUUGGACAGAUUCUUGAAGUCAGGUACUUAUGAAAAGUUUUCUCCAGAAGUUGAAGUCAAGGAAGUCAAGGCUACUUAUUCUCCAGCCAUGGAUAUUUUGAUCUCCUCUAAUUUCGAGAGAUUAUUAUGGUAUUUGAUAAGAGACACAAUUGCUGAAGGUGACGAUAUUAAGGCAGGUAAGGAGUUGAACUCUUGGAUGCAACAAUUGAAGGAAACCGGUUCUGUUACUGCCCCCAAGGCCGUCGUUGAUGCAGCCAAAAAGGAUUUCGAUUCUGAAAGAGUUUCUGAUGAAGUUACUGUUGAAACUAUCAAGCAAGUUUAUGCAGAAAACCCUGAUAACUAUGUCAUUGACCCCCAUACAGCUGUUGGUGUUCAAACCGCCUUUAGAAACAUUGCUAAGGACUCUGACUCUGAUUCCAAUAUCAGAUACAUUUCUUUAUCCACUGCUCAUCCAGCCAAGUUCUCUGAGGUUGUUAAUAAGGCGUUGAAUGGAUUUGAUGGAUACUCCUUUGAAAAGGAUGUUUUACCUGAAGAAUUGAAAGCAUUGGCCUUAAAGGAAAAGAGAAUAAAAUUAAUUGAUGAAGCUUCUCUUGAAAAGGUUAAGGGUGCAAUCAUUGAAGAGUUGAGCAAAUAA